AUGGGUCUUUUACCAUUGCUGAAAUGCACAUCUGCUGUUUGUAUGUUGGCAUAUGAGUCUCCCGCUGACAGUGUAGACGAAUAUGUUCAAACCGGUGAAAGCACUUUAGUUGAGUGCUUAGAAAGAUUCGUCCGGGGCGUGAAUGUUGUAUUUGGGGCAGAGUAUUUGAGAAAGCCUAACAACACAGAUGUUAAACAUCUUUUACGAAUGGGAGAGUUACGUGGCUCUCAAGGUUCAAACAAUGACAUUAAUGUGCUAAACCAAUCUAAUGUGUUUAACAAUAUUUUAGAAGGACAUGCUUCCCCUGUGAAAUAUACAAUCAAUGGAACAUCAUAUAAUAUGGGGAAGAAAAAAGAAAACUAUUUGCUCAACAUCAAGAAUCAACUAGAAAGGAUGUGGAGCGAACAUUUAAUAUGA